UACUCAUUAUUUAACAGAAAACAGAAUAACAAGCGUAGUAAUCGCUGGUCGCGUCCAGCAAGUUGACAAAUUGAAUUAAAGCAUUAUUUCUAUUUUUUAUAAAAUAUGUUUAUAAAAAAAAAUGUGGAUUAUUUAGGAUUAAAACUGAAGUGAAACAUUUAAUAAUAGAGAUAAGGAAAGAAUAAUCAAGUAGUGUUAUCUAGAUAACAUUUGAAAUUGUUUAAGUUUGCAUCCUAUGAUAAGUGUUAUCAGAAAUCAUGGCAAAUGAGUAAUUUAAAUAGGCGUUAAUAAAAUCAGGAAAAAUAUGGGAACAAAAACAAAAACGUAUUUUGAUAGACCCAGUUUGUUCGUUGUUAUUAUUACUAUUAUCCUAAUACUGCUAAUAGUAACAUCAGGCAUUCUAGUGUGGAUAUUUGCCGAUGAAUUUAUAUCUAGGAUAGUGUUGAUUACGUUAAUAUGUGUUCUGAGUAUCCUGGGCGUCAGUGUGCUCACUUAUUUAGAGAUUAGAAGAAGGAAUAUACAGGAAGAAAACAAAACUCUUGGCAGUGUUACCAGUGUAUCGAGUUUAGGCAAAAAUGGUUAUAAAUACAAUCCAGUUAGGCCUAGUGCUCCUGCGGAGUCAGAUUAUACGAAUCGAAGUACUUUAAGGGUCUAAUUAUGUAAAAUUUGUACAAUUACCUGCGUACUAUAAAAUAGAAUACUUAUUUAUUUGUGAUAUAGAAAUCUAUGAUUUGUUUGAUACUUUAUAUAAAAUAUAAAAAACAAA